GCGACGGCACCGCGGAGUCGCCGGCAUGAGCGUCCCCCGUCGCCCCGCGUCCCGGGCCCGGCCUUUCUGACAAGAGGUGUGAGAGGAUUGCUAUUGCAUUACAAUCAUGGUGCAGAAAUACCAGUCACCAGUGAGGGUGUAUAAACACCCCUUUGAAUUAAUUAUGGCUGCCUAUGAAAGGAGGUUCCCUACAUGUCCUUUGAUUCCGAUGUUCGUGGACAGUGACACUGUGAAUGAAUUCAAGAGUGAAGAUGGGGCUAUUCAUGUCAUCGAAAGGCGCUGCAAACUGGAUAUAGAUGCACCCAGACUGCUGAAGAAGAUUGCCGGAGUUGAUUAUGUUUAUUUUGUCCAGAAAAACUCACUGAAUUCUCGGGAACGUACUUUGCACAUCGAGGCCCAUAAUGAAACGUUUUCCAAUCGGGUCAUCAUUAACGAGCAUUGCUGCUAUACCGUUCACCCUGAAAAUGAAGAUUGGACCUGUUUUGAACAGUCUGCGAGUUUAGAUAUUAAAUCUUUCUUUGGUUUUGAAAGUACUGUGGAAAAAAUUGCAAUGAAACAAUAUACCAGCAACAUUAAAAAAGGAAAAGAAAUCAUUGAAUACUACCUUCGUCAAUUGGAAGAAGAAGGCAUAACCUUUGUGCCCCGUUGGACUCCACCUUCCAUCACACCCUCUGCAGAAUCGUCAUCAUCAUCUUCAUCGUGCAAAAAACAAGCAGCGGCCAUGGCCAUCGUCAUCCCAGACGCUGCCCUUAAGGAAGGGCUGAGUGGCGAGGCCCUCGGCAGCCCUGGCGGGGCACCUGAGCCUGUGGUGGGGACUCCUGACGACAAACUAGAUGCAGACUACAUCAAGAGAUACCUGGGUGAUUUGACCCCACUGCAGGAGAGCUGCCUUAUUAGGCUUCGCCAGUGGCUCCAGGAGACCCACAAGGGCAAGAUUCCAAAAGAUGAGCAUAUUCUUCGGUUCUUACGUGCUCGGGAUUUUAACAUUGACAAAGCCAGAGAGAUCAUGUGUCAGUCCUUAACCUGGCGGAAGCAGCACCAGGUAGACUACAUUCUGGACACCUGGAACCCUCCCCAGGUCCUUCAGGAUUACUAUGCGGGAGGCUGGCACCAUCACGACAAAGACGGGCGGCCGCUGUAUGUGCUCAGGCUGGGACAGAUGGACACCAAAGGCCUGGUGCGAGCCCUCGGGGAGGAAGCCCUGCUGAGAUAUGUUCUCUCCAUAAAUGAAGAAGGGCUAAGACGGUGUGAGGAAAACACAAAAGUCUUUGGUCGCCCUAUCAGUUCAUGGACCUGCCUGGUGGACCUGGAGGGGCUGAACAUGCGCCACCUGUGGAGGCCGGGAGUGAAAGCCCUGCUGCGCAUCAUCGAGGUGGUGGAGGCCAACUACCCCGAGACGCUGGGCCGCCUGCUCAUCCUCCGGGCGCCUAGGGUGUUUCCUGUCCUCUGGACGCUGGUUAGUCCAUUCAUUGAUGACAACACCAGAAGGAAAUUCCUCAUUUAUGCAGGAAAUGACUACCAGGGUCCUGGGGGCCUGCUGGAUUACAUCGAUAGAGAGAUUAUUCCAGAUUUCCUGAGUGGGGAGUGCAUGUGUGAAGUGCCAGAGGGCGGACUGGUCCCCAAAUCUCUGUACAGGACCGCGGAGGAGCUGGAGAACGAGGACCUCAAGCUGUGGACUGAGAGCAUCUACCAGUCGGCGAGUGUGUUCAAAGGGGCCCCGCACGAGAUUCUCAUUCAGAUUGUGGAUGCCUCUUCGGUGAUCACUUGGGAUUUUGACGUGUGCAAAGGGGACAUUGUCUUUAACAUCUAUCACUCCAAGAGAUCACCACAGCCACCCAAAAAGGACUCCCUGGGGGCCCACAGCAUCACUUCUCCAGGCGGGAACAAUGUGCAGCUCAUAGACAAAGUCUGGCAGCUGGGCCGUGACUACAGCAUGGUGGAGUCGCCUCUCAUCUGCAAAGAAGGAGAAAGCGUGCAGGGCUCACAUGUGACCAGGUGGCCGGGCUUCUACAUUCUGCAGUGGAAAUUCCAUAGCAUGCCUGCGUGUGCUGCGACCAACCUGCCCCGGGUGGACGACGUGCUGGCCUCCCUGCAGGUCUCUUCUCACAAGUGUAAAGUGAUGUACUACACCGAAGUGAUCGGCUCUGAGGAUUUCAGAGGUUCAAUGACCAGCCUGGAGUCCAGCCACAGUGGGUUCUCCCAGCUGAGUGCUGCCACCACCUCCUCCAGCCAGUCCCACUCCAGCUCCAUGAUUUCCAGGUAGUGCUGCGACGCCUGUGCCUAGUGUGCGGAGGGGAUGGCCACACCUGCUUGGACAGCCAGCCACGCUCUGCCCGCCCGCCCAGCGGCGACACUGUGCCGACUCCUCACCUCUAGAUAGCAGAUAGCUCUCCAGAUGGUUAAUGUAGUCAUUUGAUCCCAAAGCUAUCUUGACAGGUAGUUUUAAUGCUCACCCUAACUUUAACUCAAUAGCCAUAGAUUUUGUAUACAGUGUGCACAAAAUCAAACCAGAGCACAAGGGCUCUCUUCAAAGAAAAGUAGUUUAUAUACCAAUUAAGAGAUUGACUUUAUUUCAAAUAUUGAUGCAAAAAAUUUUUCCAAC